GCCGCCGCCCGCGCCCCUCGUCCUCAACAAGUGCUGCUGGCGAUCGCAGUAUUGGGACCUGAGCAUGUGGGCGUGCGUGUCGUUUCCUUGGCUGUCGCCCGACUUCACCCAGGACGAGGCCUUGGAGCCGCCCAUCACCGCGUCGUGGGUGCCGCCGGCGCUGCGCAACCGCUCCAUCCUCGCCAGGUACGACGGGGAGCUGAAGGGCAACGAGAUGGCGGUGCUGGACGCGGGCAACGCCACGCUGAUAGCCGAGGUGGAGCGCGCCAACGCGAGCGCGGGCGUCUUCGCCGCCGAGGAGCGAUUCCAGCCGCCCGUGGACGAGCGCGCCGUCUACGCGCAGACCUUCUGCGUCGACCACACCAACGACGCGCUGGUGCGCCACGUGCUCAUCUCGGGCCUCAUCACGCGACACCUCAACAAGUGCUGCCCCGACGGCCAGCGGCUCACGCGGCGCGCGGACGCCUGCGAGGACGCGCUCGACGGCGGCAGCGGAGGCGAAGGGCUGGGCGACGGCGGCGUGGACGAAGGAGGCGGGAGUGAGAGCGGGGGAGAAGGGCUGGGCGACGGCGGGGGGGAGGAAGUGGGCGUGACUGGGAACGGGGGAGAAGAGUUGGGUGAGGGUGAGGGCGGGGUGGAGGAAGCGAGUGUGACUGAGAACAGGGGAAAAGAGUUGGGCGAGGGUGAAGGUGGGAGCGGGCUGGUGGAAGUGGGCGUGCGUAGGAAAAGAGAAGGGCUGACGGAGGGUGAGGGCGGGCGGGGUGGAGGAAGUGGACAUAAAUGA